AUGACGACGCUUCUUCCGCCCCUUGAGGACGACGAAAUCGGGGGACAGCAGCCACCACAGCACCUCGACAGUACAUUAUGCAUUGCAAAAGUAGUUGUACUAUCGUGGUAAUUUGUACUUCGUGGUAUUUUUUUAUAAAAAACAAAGCAAAAGCCUGCAUUUGCAAAAAUAAACUUUCUCAGGACCAAAAACGCAAUUUGUCUUGCACUUGCUAGAUCAGGUGUUUCGGAGGUUAGAUUUGUCACGCAUGAUGAAUGCAAUUGCCAUCGGAGUGCGAUACUUUUGCAGAGGAUAGACAGCGGCCAACAUUGAGAGCAAUGCUCUUGGUCUCCUGCACGAGGACAAUCACGCGGGUGCAGGAAUAAAUGGAGGUGAGAACAAUAGUAAUCAAAACCUCCUUGAAGUUGACCACGCCACCGCUCCAGCAACCGCCACUUACACUACUAUCAUCCAGCGAGCACGGCAGGCGGACCCCAACUCCCAGCACGCGCUGGGCGUGCGAAACUUUACGGACGCCGUGGCGCCGGCACCCGCGAUCGUGCCUGGGCUGUUGGAACAUACCUUCGAUCAGGCGCUGGUCGAAGCCAUGCAGCGGGCAAAGACCCUGGACAAGAGCAAGUACGAACAAAUUCAGCGCAGAGCGGUAGAGUAUUAUCAGAUCCCUGUCGGAAAAUGGGCGGAAUACCUCUCGCCCAUAAAGAACCGGGUGACCUUUUUCACGUACUAUAUUAAUUCAUCGUGUUUUUGGCUUUGUGCAGAAGAGUGAAUUUGUUGAUACCAUUCCUGCUCCAUGAUAAGUACCAGCCUUAGAGUUUGACCAGAUAGAAGGAGAAGCAAGUGCUGCCCCAUGUUUGUAGUUGUCAAAGGAUGAUUAGCCAAAAAGCGCCAGGUCGAACUAGUUCUACGAUCACGUCCACUUGUUCAACUUCUUGCUACCAAAAUACAGGACAACUGCUCCAUAAAUAACGACCUCCCUCACUACAUAAAAUAAAAACCACACAACUACCAACCAGUUGGCUGAUGGGUCUCCCGGCCAGCUUUCACAAGGCGCCGAAAGAUACGCGUGCCCUGCACAAGUUCAUCGAGGCAAAGUGCAUGCUGAAGCACAAAAGCAUCGAGGCGCAGCACAAGAUGUCGAUGCGGAAAACGAUAGACUACGUGUACCACAAAACAAAAGCGGCGUUUAAGGACAACGAGCAGUACAAGAUAAACGGGUUCUGGAAGGAUUUUCUGGACAAUCCGAUAGGCGCGAGAAAGUGCGCGGAAUUUGUAGACGACCAGAUAAGGUACAAAAAUUAAUAACGCAUAGCUUCAUUUCGUUAUUUUCGUAAUUCAUUGCAAAUCCAAGGGCAACGCAAUUCCAAAAGUUUUUGUCAUUGUUUCGACGGAUGACUAAAUGGAAAACCACAUGCACAAAAAUAUACAACCUCCGCUGCAGGCUGUGCGUGACGAAGCAUAAGCAGAACAUGCUCUCUUCUGGCAAACCGAUCCCAGAAAAUAAGUUUACCGCCGAACAGCAAGCGAGGAUAGAGGGCAUUCGCGAAAAGUUCGGGUUAGAAAAAGAGGAACCAAAAAAGAAAGGUACUGAAGAUUUUUGUGAAGCCGAAGAAGUACUGAAGAUUCGUGACGUAGUUGUCGUCGAAGAAGAUCAAGAUGUCGAUGUGAAAUUGUAAAACUUCUCCUGUGCGAUGACUUCUAUGCCUAUUGUAAAAAUACAGCCCAGUUAUAACAAUUACAGGUAGUAGCUCCAGCACCGCUUUGACGAAUGCGAAUUUGAAAAUGCUUCCGGAGCAGAAGCGCAUGGUGAAGCGCGCACCCCCGGCCCCUCCCGCAGCGGCGCCUGGCGCCGGCCGGCCCGCUCCCCCGCCACCAAAAGUCGCGGCCGAGAAGAAGAAACCACUCACGGCCGCGGAGCUGCUAGGCGGCGGCGACAGUACGGGGAAGAGCAACGUGAACAUCAAUAACCAGAGUUCUGGUGCUGGCGGCCACGUAGUUCUUGCCGGGGACCCUAGUAAUAACGCAGGAGGAACGGCAGGUGGUGCAGCAACAGCAUCCAGCAGUUACAACAAGAAGCUAUCAACUGCAAAAAUGUCUGGGUCUGGAAGGUUGGAACUUGUGAUGCUAACUUUGGAGUCCGCAUAGAAUCUGUAUUGCACAAACAGCAAAAGAAGUGCAAUCUGUGCUACGCGGAGAGGGCAUUUCUCAUGCUGUAUGAGCAUCAGAAAGCCCUCGCGGAAUCUCUGAUGCUAGGGCAUGCAUCACAGACCUCGUGGGUAAUGGAAAAUCUGCAUGACAAACGCCUGCAUUCAUUCUUCCAGACCCAGACAUUUUUGCAUUUGAUAGAAGCACCAGGAGAACAACAGCGUGAAGUUUUCCGUAGGCGAACUGACGGGGCCCAACUACACCGGCAGUGCGGCCGCAGAGGUGACGCCGGGCGCCGCUUUCGAGUUCACCCAGGGUGGCGCGGGCUUCGAAUUCACCCCCGCGGGCUUCGAGUUCACCCAGGGUGGCGCAGAGGACCUCAUUGAGUACACGCCGCACGGAGCACAGGGCAAGAAGGAGAAGAAAAUUUUUGGCGAGCGAAGUAAGGAUAAGAAGAUGAAGGAAGAAGAGGAGAGAAAAAGAAAUAAUAAAGACCAUCCAGCAGGAGCUCCUAACAAGGACGCGGCCACAAAUAGACAGCACGUCUCGUCUUCUUCUUUCCCCUACAACGACGUCACGGGACGCGACACGAGUAAGAAUCCCACUUACCAGCAGGCGAAGUCGGCCAACGAUCCAAUGUGGAGCAAAAUGGGCUACAGCAGCCACCUCGGUGCAGCAGGCGGGGAUCAAAAUAAAGCGGCUGGUCGUGGGGCAGCGGCAGACGAAAGUGUCAACUACGCAUUUUCCUUCGACUACGGAGCAGGUGGGGCAAGUAACAAGAUAACCAGCCCGAAGCCGGGUGCAGCUGCAAGUUCCUUUCCCGACCCGUUGGCGGCCAUGAUAAAAUCCCCCGUGAGAAAACCAGGCGGUACGCCGGAAAAGCGUGCGAAGGGUGGAGACGAUGACGCAGGCGCGAAGAAACGGAAAACCGAGGACUACAAAGCGCUGGGGAUCGACUUCGAUGAGCUGUAA